CCGAUUUUCCAAAGGCCUUCUACUCGCUGCAUCGGCAGUCCGUCCUGCCAUGGAAGAUGGAUAUGUGCCGCUGAUGCUCCUGUGGAUCUCAUACCUUUAUAUGCCUGUGGCGGUGGCAGUGUACCUCUACCAUCGCGAGCGACCCUCCAUCAAGCACCGGCUUCCCAUAGGCACCGCCAGCGCUGGCCUAUUCGCAUCCAUCUACUGCCUCGCGCAGCCCUUGUGUGCGUACUUCAGCGAAAGCACGUCUUGUGGGUCUGCGCUGCUUAUCCUGACAAUCACAAGCAACACCGCCGUAGCUGUACUAGUGUGGACGGCGUUUGUUGUGCUGGUGCUGUACAGCAUCACCGAGAUCAUCGCCCAACCCACCAACGUCUCGCACGAUCGCGUAGCCGUGUGGAACUACUUUCGCGGCAUGAUCAUCCCAAGCAUCCAAGUACCCGUUGGCAUUUGCGUGUGCGUGCUAUGGAAUUUCCCCCACAUUCUGCUGCUCGCGCUCCAUGCGACAACCAUUUCCCAGCUCAGCUACGCCGAAUGCAUCACUAUGGAUUUUUUCAACCUUAUCAUGUACAUCUCAAUCGGCCAAGCUGCGGUGCUCCUUGUCGGCUGCCUCUUCAUAGGACACCAGCUCCGCCACACGACCGACACAUACCACGUUCGGUGGUCAUACGUGUACACAAGCAUGUACAUGGUCGUGUGCUCGAGUCUGUGCCUUCUUUACUGGCUCGUGUCGACAUACUCGUCUGCUCUCACCGGCUUCCACGUCAUCGAAGUGAUGACCACCCAAGGAUUACAGGGCAUCGUGUUCUUCAACAUUUUGUUACCCCUUGUCAGUGCCUACAAGGACCGUCACAAGGUCAAGGACCUCACUGGCAGCACGUCGCUUCAAGUGAACUGGGACUCGUACUUGCAAUCCAAUGAGGCGUAUUUGAGCUACAUGGAGUUUUGUCACGGCCACACCGCGAUCCUCUUGGCGUGGAAAGCCUCGGUGGACUUUCGAAACGGAGACGGCAAACUCAACGUGUUUGAAGUAUACCAAAUGCACAUUGCCCCCGACGGCGCGUUCACCGUCUACGACGACCUCCCCGACUUGUUGCGACGCAAAUACACCAAGAAGAUCCACCGCCUGCGUCAAAAGGCAUCGCUCGUCAUGACGAAUGUGUCCAAGGUGGUGCCCAUGCCAGAAAUCGUAGAUGCUGAUUUUUACGAGCCCCUUCGCCGCGAACUGGUACUCAUAAUGGUCACGUCGUCGCUGGCACUGUACGAGAAGGAUGAGCUGGGCAAGGACUGGCUGUCCUUUCACACGCGACGGCGAUCGAUUCACAGCUUGGAAUACGUUCAAAAGGUUGCAAGCAAAGUGGACGUCCUCCGAGAGAGCGUCGCUGUCAAGCAGCCCAAGGCAGAGCCGUUGUGGGGGUCAGUUCUGCACUCCAAGUCGUCCGACACGCAGUUGGUCAAAGACGAGAUUUUGAACGCUCCCGAAAGUCCCAGACGAACGGCGGGAGGCUCGGGAAAGUUCGCCACGGAAGUUCCACAUCGAAUAGAGAGCGGAAGCGCUCGUAAAAGUGCAGGAGAUGAAAGGAGAAAGCGAGGAAAGAGUCAGGAUGAUGGGGUCGCAGCCGCCAACGACGAGGGAUCGGGUGGCGCGAUGCGAAAGAUCUUCUUUGAAUGACGAAACUUGAAACGGUCGACGCUCUGAUUGGUUGAAUUGGAUGAGUAAAUCCGUUGAGUAGCCAAUAAUACGUCGAGAGUGCUCCGAGCUUGGGAAAUACUGGGAUUAACUACACAUUUCCAAGGGCCG